GAUUUUUUUUUUCCACUUCAACCCCGCCCUUAAAACCCCAGUUGAAAACAAGAAAAAAGUUUGGGUUUUUAUUUCUUAUUUUCUUUGUUUGAGUAUUUUUGUGUUAUUUGGGGUCCAUUGAUUCUUUAACCUGCAUUCUCCUUUAACGGUGUCUUACAGUGUUUUUCAUUUCUUCAUUGAAAGAUUGAAGCUUUGUCCCUUCUGUUCUUUUCAUAGAACAUUAACAUUGACCGUGGUUCAGCUUCAAUUUCGCUUUCUUUUUCAAUGGCGUUGAGGUGUGUUCCAAUUGUUUUUUGCCCUCACAAGCCUCUUCAUUGGGUAUCAGAUUUGGGGUCUAGCAGAGGUAGGAUUGUGUUGGAUUUGAGGUUUUCCAAAUUGAAAUGCCUUGCUUUGGGUGCUGAAGAUGACAAGCCUGGGGCCAAGAAAACUCUCACUUGGAAGAUUAAUGAAGAUGGGACCACAGUCUCCAGGGCGUUUCACAAGGGCUUGCGUCUUCUUCCUAGUAAGCUAACUCGGUUUUACUAUAUCAAUGUUGAACUUUGGUUGGUGGAUAAAGCAAUUCUCCCCAUUGAGAAUUCUGUCGGUGGUAGCAUACACCGUAAUUAUGACUUACUCCUCCGGCAUAGGCUACACAUCGUAAGGGAGGUACAGUUGGUUGUUAAUCACUGCCUCUUGGCAUUGCCUGGUGUCACGAUGCAGGAAGUCAAGCGUGUUUUCAGUCAUGACCAGGCACUUGCUCAAUGUGAGAUGACCCUUACCAACUUAGGCAUUAUUAGAGUUAGUGCUGAUGAUUCUGCUGGUGCUGCUCAGAUGGUUGCUUUGAGUGGCAAAAGGGAUAUAGGCGCAAUAGCAAGUGCUAGAGCAGCUGCAUUAUAUGGGCUUGACAUUCUUGCAGAUAAAAUCCAGGACGAGGAUGAUAACAUUACCAGGUAUUUGGUACUUGCAAGAAAACCCAUAAUUCCCAGAACGGACAGGGUUUAUAAGACCAGUGUAGUUUUUACUCUAGAAGAAGGUCCAGGCAUGCUAUUAAAAGCCUUGGCGGUGUUCUCUCUAAGGGAUAUUAAUCUGACAAAGAUGGAGAGUCGACUACAAAAAGGUCGUCCUCUAAGGGUCGUCGACGAUUCUAACAGAGGGAGUGCCAUGUACUUUGACUAUCUUUUCUACAUCGACUUUGAAGCUUCUAUGGCUGAACUGCGUGCCCAAAAUGCAUUGGAACAUUUACAGGAAUAUGUCGGAUUUCUCCGAGUCCUCAAUUUCUAUCCGAUGGAUAUAAUUCUAUAGAUGGAUAUCUCCAAAACUCAGUAGGUUUUGUCAUCAUAU